AUGCCCUUUGCGUCGUGCCUCGCCCCGGCCGUGUGCGGGCUGGCUGCUGCAAUGGUUUCAAGCCGAGGAGACUUCCUCAUGUGGUUUCGGUCAGGCAUUGAGCGCAACAUUACCUGGGCAGGGCACAAGGACACUCACACAGUUAGGGAGGGUGCCACCAUGCAUCCCCAUGACUCCAUCUCUCCCUUCUCCUCAUCUCCCCACCCUCUUUUGUCCCCUCCUUUCCUCCCAUUCACAGGCAUCGAGCGCAACAUUACCUGGGCAGGGCACAAGGACACUCACACAGUGAGGGAGGGCGCCACCAUGCAUCCUCGCAACUCGUUUGCGGCUUAUCUCGAAGUCGUGAAGCUGCAGAGCCAGCCAUGGACUGACGCUGAGGUGGACGCCAUGCAAGGGCUGCGCCUCAUAGUGAAGGAUUCACUACCCCACCCCGAGCCUCAAGACCUGAAGCUGAAGAUCCAGGCCCAGCUGAAUGCAGAGCGGCUCACCAUCCAGUCCCAGCUAAAGGAAGUCGCUAGGACUCUAGAAAACCAACUCGAAUCCGCCCACACGCCCAUCAUCGGCAUCAGCAGCGAUGGGACCAUGACGGAAUUCAACAGCAAGGCCGCGCACAUCACGCGGCGGGCCAAAACCGAGGUUCUCGGGAGCAACUUCUUCGCAAGCGUUCUCGCUCCCGAGUCGCACGCGCACUUUGUGGCUGCUAUGGAGGUGCUGGCAGAAGGGGAGGACGUCCAGCCGUUUGAUGUGGCUCUGCUGGCAAGAUCGGCUGAAUCUGCUGACGCUGCCGCGGCUGCUGAUGCUGCUGCUGGUGGGGGCGGUGGGUCGGCAGCAGCAGGAGGAGCAGGAGCAGCGGCAGGAAGAGGAGGAGGAGGAAGGGGUGGAGGAGGAGAGGGAGGGGCGGUAGGGGAGUUGGAUCGGUUGGUGCAUGUGUUGGUGAGCGCGUAUGGGCAGCACGACCGGCAUGGGAACCUGAUGAGCGUGCGGCUGAUGGGGCAAGACAUCACCGCCCUUAAAGUGCUGGCUGGGGAGUACAAGAUGCCCGAGGCAGAGGCCCGGGCAGCUGUGGACCAAUCGGAUCUCUUGGUUUUCACGGUGGACGAGUGCGGGCGGGUGACCGAGUGGAACGCUGCCAUGGAGCAGACCAGCGGGCUGCCCCGAGAAAAAGUUGUGGGGAGGCGGCUUGUGGGGGAGGUGCUUAGCAGCAACCCCAUGCUGCUGAUUCCCGACCAGGUGAGAACCGGUGCUGCUGAUGUUUUACCAGUUACGGUGCUUGUGGCGUUCCGGAGGUGGCUUGUGGGGGAGGUGCUUAGCAGCAACCCCAUGCUGCUGAUUCCCGACCAGGUGAGAAGCGGUGCUGCUGAUGUUUUACCAGGUGAAAAAACGGUGCUUGUGGCAUUUCGGAGGCGGCUUGUGGUGGAGGAUAAGCUGGUAACCCUGUUUGAGGCUAAGAAUCACGAGCUGCAGCUCAAGACGUGGGACGGCCGCCCCAUGGACACUCUCCUGAACAUCAUCAGCAGGUGCAGUGCGGUGCUGUGUGGUGCAAUUGUGGUGGAGCAGAGUCUGUGCUGUGUUGUGAGUGGUGGUGGGGAGGCUAGCAGCAGAGAGGCGCUCCCCACGGGCGAGCCGGUGGGAGCGACGUGUUUCAUUUCAUGCAGGUGUGGUGGAGAGGAGAGGAGGGCAGCGGAGAAUGCAUCGGCAAUGAAGAUGGUGACAGAGGCGGCUAGUCAGGCCCGCCUCUGCACGCAAGGGAGAAUUGAGCAUGUAACCCCCUCUUUCCCUCGCUUCCUCUCCUCUCUCUUGCUUCCCGCCUCUCUUUUUCCCUGUUGCCUUCCCUGCAACAGGCGCUCCCCCACAGGCGAGCCGGUGGGAGCGACGUGUUUCAUGCAAGACGUUGUGGAGAGGCGGGCAGCGGAGAAUGCAUCGGCCAUGAAGAUGGUGGCAGAGGCGGCUAGUCAGGCCAAGACCAUGCAGCUGGCAUGUCUGUGCCAUGAGAUCCGCAACCCUCUGAACGGCAUCCUCUCCUCGAUCAGUUUUAUGGAAGGCACUGACAUGUCUUCUGACCAGCGGGACCUGCUGCAUGCCACCUCGGCCUGCGGCAAGUACCUGCGGAGGGUCGUCGAUAAUGUGUUGGAUCUGAGCAAACUGGAGGAGGGCAAGCUGGAGGUGGAGAGCGAGCCGUUUGAGCUCAUUCACGUGGUUGAUGCCGUGAUAGCCCAGGAGCAUGAGAACGCUAGUGACAAGGGUCUGCAGGUGUUCUGCUCAGUCGAACCGCAGUGUGCCGAUGUGAUUGUAAAGGGCGACAAGCACCGCGUGCAGCAGAUCGUCGCAAACUUCUUCCGUAACGCAGUGGAGUACACCGAGCAGGGCUGGGUCGAGGUGCAGCUCUAUAAAGCAUCCGGUGAAACAGCUAAUAACGAGUACGGCGGAGACGUGCUGGCUGGAAGGCUCAUGCGCGGGCAGCAGUCCGGGCAGCGGACCGGGGAGCGGAGCGGGCAGCGGGCAGGGCAGGGCCGAAACGUUUCGGCUGACGGCGGGGAGGAGGAGAUGUUUCCGUUUGUGUUCUGUGUGGCGGAUUCAGGCCCGGGGUUGAGUGAGGAGCAGCGGCAGCAUGUAUUUUCGGGCAUGGACCCGAGCUUAGCACCGGCCAUCUCUAGCGGCGCCUCUGACACUGAAUCCCGCUCCUCUGCCCCAGCGGGAUCAGGCCUGGGGCUGAUUGUAAGUCAGAAGCUCGCAUCUCUCAUGCACGGCACUCUCUCCUGCGACUCUGCCCCCUCCCAAGGCUCCUCCUUCCGCCUCUCCCUCUCGCUCCCCUUCGCCGGCCGGUCCACCCACGCUGACCCUGCUGACGCUGGUGCUGACAUGGCGGCGGGCCACGCCAGCCUGGCGCCAGGUGGCAUGAUGAGCUGUUACCUGAGUAACCGGGUGAAAGGGGUGGUGUAUACGUCUGUGGGGGUGUGGAGUAAUGCCGAGGAGAUAGCAGCUGCACCAGUUGUGCCUCCCUCUCUCUCCAGAAACCUCGCUGCCUCUGGUUCGGAAGAGAGUGCGACCCAUGCUGCUGCGGAGGAUGCUGACGUGGACGCUGCUGCGCUGGCAGCAAUUGUUGAGCUGGAGGCGGCCUAUGGUGGCCGGGUCAUGGUGCAGGUACUUCGAGAGGUGGUGGAUUUCCGGGAAGUUGCGGUCCUGGUGGAAGUUGGUGUGAUGAAGGAAGUGGGUGAUAAUGGAGGCGGGGAAAACAAUGAUGGGGCUGUGGGAAGUAACGAGAUGGCUAUAGUGAGUACGCAGCAAUGGGGUUCGGCGUUGAGACUUGGGCCCGUCAUUCUGCCUGACGCACAUUGUUUCCCCCGUACGAUCCGCCGCGUCCGUCGGGUCCGUGCUUCAGCCAUGGCUGCCAUGGCAACAUUGCUCCCCGCGCUUAGCUCCGCCGCGGUUUCCGCCAGUUUCUCCCCCGUCUCGUCGCGGAGCAAGAGCCUCGCUUGCGAGCCCCUCACUUUCUCCAUGCGCUCUCUCCGCCUCGCUGUCCCUCAGGCCGCCGCCACCACCGCACCAGUGGUCGAGCUGGCAGCUGACGUGGCGGAGGCCACGUCAGCAGUGGAGGAGCUACCGCUACAGUCAGCAGAGGACAUCAAGGCCGCGCGGAAGGAGGAGCAGCGGCGCAAGCGAUUGGUGCAGAAGAGGAAGCUGAGGAAGAAGGGCAGAUGGCCGCCCUCCAAGAUGAAGCAGCACCAGAAUGUGUAA